AUGGAGCAUACGAUGGCCGAAUCAUCAUCUCACAAUAAGCCCUCUUAUCCUCCAUACAAGGAUGACGAGUAUGAGGGUCCUACCGGUAUCAGCAUGCAAGACGUCGAGCAGACUUUUGCACAAGACUUUGGUCUUGAUGAUAUUCAUCAUCAUGAUGACUUGUAUUGGCAGCGUCUUGGGCUUCUUUGGUUCGGUAGUGCUGGUUUGAUUACGCGCUUUGGUAAAUGCUACAAAGUCGUCGAUGCAGGUUUAGUCCAGAUCAAUCCGGUUACAGAAGGCAUCAAGAGGAUCGAUAUUACCAUCCAGAUCACGGAUAUCCCAUCCCAAGAAGUCAUGACUAAGGAUAACGUCAGCAUUACUAUCGAAUCUGUCUUGUAUUGGCGAGUAGUGGCUCCCUAUGAUGCGGAAUACCUCGUCGAAGACAUCAUGACCGCACUUGUUGAAAGAGCACGAACUGUGUUGCGUAACGUCUGUGGUCAGCAUUCCCUUCAAGAUCUUAUUGAGAACCGUGAUGCCAUUUCGCGCGAGAUUCAAACGGCUAUCAAUCCUGCAGCUAAAAAAUGGGGUGUCGAGAUUGAAGCUACGCUGGUCAAGGAUAUCGGCAUCUCUACGCAACUCCAAAAGUCACUGUCAUCUGCAGCUACGGCAAAACGCCUCGGUGAAUCGCGUGUGAUUGCUUCGCAAGCCGAAGUGGAAGCUGCCAAGUUGAUGCGUGAAGCAGCUGAUAUCUUGAGCACACCUGCUGCUAUGCAGAUCCGUUAUUUAGAGACGUUGACAUCCAUGGGUCGUCAUGGUCAAGGUCCAAAAACAAUUUUCAUGCCAAUGCCGGGCUCUGGCGGACCGAAAUCCUUGGGUUUUAUGGAUGAUCCCUCUUCUUCUUCGUCCAAGCAGUAGUCAUGUUGAUAAUGAAAAAAAGUGGAGCUAUUUGCACCAUAACAUAUCAAGUAGCCCCUUCCUUCUCUCUUCCUUACUUCCCUCACUACCACUCACACAAUCAUUUGUCCAGCUCCCCAGAUAAUCCUUGUAACGAAAUUGCUUUCCUUCAUAAUUUUUUAUCCUUCCUCAAUCUAUUUACGUUUUUAUUGCGCUGGUAUAAUUCUUUUCAAUAAUUCAUAAUAAAUA